CUGAGACCGUGAGUUUCAGUAAACGGGGCUUUCACAUUAUGAAGAAGAAAACAAAAGAGAGAGAAUAGAUUCGUGGAACUCCCUGUACCAUUCAAGCUUUUUCAUCAGUCAACUUCAUUUCCUUUUUCUUUUUUUUUUUUUUUGGUCACUUUCUGGUAUUGUACGUACCAUCAAGUUCCCUAAAUUCUGCAACGUUCAUAACUCAUCAAUCAAUAAAUUUACGAAUUAAUUUGUACUAAUCUACCUGUUUAAGCAAAGAUUUGGGGUUUCUUUUAUGUUUUGCCAAAAACUGUUCCUGGGUCUACAUCAUCAUCGUCGUCAUAUUUCCCUUUCCAUCCCUUCAUUUAAACUCUCUCUUUACAUUCAAACUCUAGUUGUAUGGGCAUCUACGUCGCAUGUUAAUGCACCCCCUCUCCUCUCCUCCCCUCCCCUUCACUUCUUUUUCUCUUUGAUCUUUUGAGUUUAAAAGCCUUUCAGGGGGUAGUGAAAGCGGAAGCUGCUGAGCAAAGAGAGAGAUGGGAAGAUCUCCAUGUUGUGAGAAAGUAGGGUUGAAGAAAGGGAGAUGGACGGCCGAGGAAGAUGAAAUAUUAGCAAACUACAUUAAAGCAAAUGGUGAAGGAUCCUGGAGAUCUUUGCCCAAGAAUGCAGUUUCUUUUUUAUUUGGUUGUUGUUGUUGGAAAGGGUUGUUGAGAUGUGGGAAGAGUUGCAGGUUGAGAUGGAUAAAUUAUUUGAGGGCUGAUUUGAAGAGAGGGAACAUCACUGCUGAUGAGGAAGAAACCAUUGUUAAGUUUCAUAGUGCUUUGGGAAAUAGGUGGUCUUUCAUUGCUGCACAAUUGCCAGGACGAACUGACAACGAGAUUAAGAAUUACUGGAACUCUCAUUUAAGCCGGAAAAUUUACAGUUUCAGCAAGACAAUCAAAGAGACAAAACCAACUGAUCUGGAUGCAAUCAAAACAGCGGAAGACCAUCAACGGAAGAGAAGAUGCGGCCGUACCAGUCGAUCCGCCAUGAAAAGACAAAAGCUAGCUUUGAUGUCUUUGGGUAUUUCUAAAACAGUUACCCCAAAUGCCCAAGAAAGCAGCCAUGGGGAAACCCUGGAAAUGCAUGGCUCUUGCAUGCACAGCAAUGCAGCUGGGCAGCCCCAAGGCAAUUAUGAUGAGAGUGGAAGCAAUGGUGGAAGAGCAUUAAGUACUAAUUCCGGGGAAGAAAGCUCAGGUGAUGGGAUUGAAAAUGAAGUGCUGCUGGGACCAUACGAGUGGCUCGACAAUGAAAUAAAGCGUCUCAGCUGUAUCCUACAGCGAAGUCAAGGCGCGGAUCCAAGUGGGAACCAUGGGGGGGUAGUCGACAGUGUCAAUGGGGUUAUAAAAGAUACUCAAAAUGAUGCGAGAGAAAGAGAAAGCUAUGGCAUUGGGAGCUCAUCAUCCAAUACUACUGAGAUUACCGAUCAUCAUGGUGAUGAAUGGCAGAUGUGUAACUCAUCUGUUGAUUUCAUUGGUGAUUUCCAGUGGUGUGAUGAUCAUCAGUGGGAAUUAUCAUGGGAUGAUUUAGAGAAGGCGUUCUGUUGGUCAUGGGAUGAUGCCAAUGGUGAUGAUGAAGCUGGAAAGAACACUUGAGUGUUUUAUUUUUAUUUUUUUUCUGGUGGAAAGAAAAAAAGCACUCAGUUAAUAUAACAUUAAUGCAGCAUUCAGCAAUUGGUAUAAAUGGUAAAUGAUCUUUUUAAAA